ACUAUUGUGAGCUGUCACACAACACAUACUUGACCCUUAUCAAUUGUAGAUAAGCUCCGUAUCACUACUACUCGACUGUUAUCUGAGGCUCUUACGUAAUAGGUGGGUUUAGUGAGGUGUCAGUUGUCUCCAAAUUUCAAAAUUGAACUGGGUUUAAGAGAUGUACAGUGACCAUCAAGACUACUACGGAGGAGCGUAUGGACCAGACGGUGGUUACGGGAAUUAUGGUCCACCUAACGGUCAGAAUCAGCAGCAGCAGUCGUAUGGAUAUGGAGGUGACCCAAAUCAAGGGUACGGUCAGUACGGCCAACAACAACAGCAACAUGGGGGAUACCCACCUCCUCCUGGAGGCGGUGGAUUUCCAGGAAUGAUGGGUGGUCAGAUGCCCUUUACGCCAAUAAUGGCCGACUUUGCAAAGCACUACGGCGAGAAUUUAGUUGACCAAGGCAAAACGAUGGUGGAUGAAAAACUUCAAAAGUUUGUAUCCGUUUCCAAGCUCAAAUACUACUUUGCGGUGGACACGGCGUACGUCAUGAAGAAAAUAGGACUCCUCUUUUUCCCAUUCACCCAUAAAGACUGGUCCAUACAUUACGAUAAGAACGAGGAUGACGCUGUGCAGCCAAGAUUUGAAGUCAACGCUCCAGACUUAUAUAUUCCACUCAUGGCUUUCAUUACGUACAUUUUGAUAGCUGGUGUGUCUCUAGGAAUGCAACAAAAAUUUACCCCAGAACUUUUGGGCAUUCAAUGCAGUUCGGCUCUAGGAUGGUUAAUUUUAGAACUGAUGAUUUUUACUGGAUGUACAUACAUAAUUCAAACCGAUCUGAAGGUGUUUGACUUGCUAACGUUCUGUGCGUAUAAGUUUGUCGGCAUGAUUUUUGUCCUGGCGUCGUCCUUGGUGCUGAGCAAGACUGGUUACUACUCUGCCUUGGGAUAUUUUAGUCUCUCCUUGUCUGUCUUCCUGAUACGAACAUUGAAGAAGCAAAUCUACAGCGUAACAACUCAUGAACAUGUCAUGUCUGGAAAUAAAAGACGUCUCUACUUUCUCCUCACAUUGGCUGGUGUCCAACCUCUGUUAAUGUGGUGGCUAACAUAUCAUCUUACCAAGUGGUAGUGAAUUAAAGCAAUACAAGAAAAAUUUUAUUCGGACAGCCACGGGGAACGUGUUUUAAUCAUCAACAUAUUAUGUAAAACAAUUGCUAUUAUCCAACCAAUCAUACAUGUUAGUUUAGUCAAAAACCAAUGAUAUUUUGUAAGUGGCUGAGAUUAAUCUCAUCGGAAUGCGUACUUAUAGUGUCUAUUUAGUUAAAUGCAGUAACUGUUAAUCUAAUAAUAUUUUGACCAUUCGCUAAGUUACUUUCAAAUUAUCUGUACAUGAGAAAGGAAUAAUAUUUUCGCUAGAGGAUGCAUGCAGCAUGUGGACUAAUCACGUUUUCGAGUCUAUCUAUUGUUUAUUAUAUAUUACUUAAUUACUAUUCGCAGCUUUCUCAAAUAAAUUACAAGUAUUAACAUUCAAAAAUA